AUGUCUUUGACAUGGCCUGUUAUUGCUCUCACUGCUCCAACUACACAGAGUAACAAACGAUAUUCUUUCAAACGCAAUGGAAUUUCGUACCAUGGUUUCGAACACACAGCAACAGGCUCAAAACUUCAGUUCGUCAGCAACUCUGGAAUCUGUGAGACCACUCCGGGAGUUAAUCAACAUUCGGGGUACAUAUCUGUUGGUAAAGACAUUAAGAUGUGGUUUUGGUUCUUCGAAGCACGGCAGAACCCAUCAACUGCACCGCUUGCAGCCUGGUUUGGAGGGGGCCCUGGCACAGCUUCAGCGCUAAUCCAUGGCCCGUGUAAAUUCGAAGGCAAUUCAUCCCGAACAACGCCGAUAAACAAUACUUUCAGUCUAAACAACUACGCCAAUAUGCUGUACAUCGAUCAGCCUAUUGGCGCGGGGUUUUCCUAUGGGAACGUCAGCAUUAAUUCCACCGUGAAUGCUGCUCCCUUCGUGUGGAAGUUCAUACAAGCCUUCUAUUCAUCAUUUCCAAAAUACAAGUCGCGAGAUUUUGGAAUCUUUACAGAAUCCUACGGUGGGCACUUUGGUCCGCAAUUUGCAAAGCACAUUUUGGACCAAAACGAAGCUAACACUGGCGAGCCCAUUAAUCUUGUAGCACUGGGUAUCAAUAAUGGGUGGUUUGAUGCAGCGGUUCAGAUACCGUCUUACGUCACAUUCUCCUACAUUAACACGUAUAGGCCUCUCAUUCAAAGGAAGCAAUAUGAUGCUUUGAUGGGUGCGGCUAUGACUACAUGCGUUCCAGCUCUUGAGCAAUGCUCAAUCAGUGGAACUGAUGCAGACUGCGUAAAUGCUAACACCACAUGCUAUACACUGAUAGAGGACCCUAUAUACCAGAGCGUCUACUUUAACUCUUACGAUGUUCGAGAAGGCUUCGAUGAAGCUGGACCACUUAAUUCUCAAAACGAUCGCUACUUAAAGAGCCCAGAAGUUAUGGCAAAACUUGGAGCACAAAUUCCUUUCGAAUCUUUCUCAGUAGAUGUGUUUUACAAUUUUUCUGCCACUGGAGACAUCCAGCGGUCCUUUCUCAGCACCCUAAGCGAAGUUGUGUCAGCCGGCGUAACUACCCUGAUCUGGUCUGGCGAUGCAGACUGGAAAUGUAAUUGGUUUGGAAACUUGGAUGUAGCCGACCUGAUUCAGUACCCCGGUCAAUAUGAGUUUACCAACAAAGCAUUAAUGCCAUACACAAUAAAGGGAAAGGAAGCAGGCACAUACAAAUCACAAAAGAAUCUGUCCUUCUUGAGAGUCUACGACGCAGGUCACGCUGUUCACUGGUAUCAACCUGAAUUGGCACUUCAAGUCUUCAUGCAGACAAUGAAGAUGGAACCCGUUCAAUCAACGUAG